CCGAGAGCCAGCACACGCGCUCAGAGCGGCGUAAUAUGAGAGAAACGGGGACGCAAGGUGUGCGGCCGAUGACCCGAGCUCCCCUCCUGCUCUUAAGCGCCAGGCUGGACCACUAACAUCUUCUAAAGAUCUUCCUGCUGUGGCAGAUGUGGAAUUAGAGCACCAUGAUGGAGCCUCCAGAGCCCAGCCAGGAGAUUGGGGAGUGGCUGUCCGCCCUCCGCCUGUCCCAGUAUACCUCCUUUCUCCAGCAGGGAGGAUACAAAGCUCUGGAAGACUGCAAGGACCUCACAGAUGAGUGCCUCCUGGAGCUUAAAGUGUUUCCAACAGGCCAUCGGAGGCGCAUCAUCCGCAGUUUGGAAGCACUAGGGGUGAAGCCUCAGAGCGGUGGAGAUGAUGCAGAAGAAGAGAUAGAGGGAGGGGUAGAGGACGGGAGCUGCUGGAGGAAGCGCCAGUGUAUGCCAGUGCCAUACCCGAGGCAUGUCUUUCUAAAGGACAAAAACAGGGGGACUCAACCAAAGGAGAGGGGGGAGUAUGAUUUGGAGGGGAGUCAGACUUUGCCUCCAGGAGUAGGACUUGGAACAGAAACCAAGGACAAAUACCUCCGGCCGCCUCAGCCGGCCCCACGUAAUCCCCAGAACAUCCGAACAUCCAUUUCUCUACAUACCUGCGUCCUUCCUUCUGUGUCCUCCAGCAGCAGCAGCAGUGAGUCCCUCUGCAUUUCAGAAAAGCCUUCAAACUGGGAGAUUUCCUCAGAGGACUCUUUGCCAUUGAGCAAUGACUCUGUCCCCUGUUCUGCUGAAGUACCCCACUCAACAGUGACUGAAGACCAUGGUGGUCUUCAGUGUGAAAUGGUGGAAAACUCCAUCUAUGAGGCCCCGCCUUGUUUUAAGGUUUCUGCAGGUCCACGACUCACUCGCUCCUACAGGCUGAGGCACCGGCCCGUGCCUGAAAUCCCGACUCAGACCAUACCGCCAUUUCAGGACAGGAGCACACCACCGGCACAAACGACCAGCCCUGAACACCUAACUGGCUCCGAAGGUCCCACUGGUGCAAAUGGCAUACAGAAAGCUUCACUUCAAAGAACCUUGACGCCUAUUGCUCCUUACGGAGAAAUGUUCCUGUACAACAACCCUGAAAGCGUUCCGGACCAAGGUGCUAAAGAAAGGCUACAGAAGGGGUUUAAGGACAAGAUAAAGCAGAAGAGACAGAGAAGAAAGACACCUGAACAGAAAGAGUCAAAGGAAAGAGAUUAUCCACCAGCUCCAGCUAUCCCAGACCCUCACAAAGUUGAGUAUUCCACAGUCGAUGAGUGUGCCGGCAUUUUCCCGCAAGCCAUUUUGGACCAUAGUUUUGCCGUGACCCCUGAAACUCUUGCUGCUGGUCCAGCUGCCUCUGGCCCUAAGGAUGGAUCCUUGAUCAUGGUGGAGUGUGACCUCUAUUCGGGCCGUGCAGAAGCUCUGGAGGGUGUGGGCAGAAAUGAAUUGUCUGAUAUUUCUCCAUACGCAUGCUUCUAUGGAGCCCCCAAACACCAGGUUCUCAAAGUGGGUUGGCUGGACAAACUGUCGCCUCAAGGAAAUUGCGUUUUUCAAAGGAGGUGGGUGCGAUUCAAUGGCGAGAGUCUGGCCUACUACAACAAUGACAAGGAAAUGUACUCCAAAGGUAUGAUCCUGGCCAGUGCUAUCAGACAGGUGCGAGGACUGGGUGACAACAAGUUUGAGGUAGUCACCUCCCUUCGGACCUUCACAUUCCGUGCUGAGAGAGAAGGGGAGCGCCAGGAGUGGAUGGAAACUCUUCAGACGGCCAAGCGCCCGCCCGCCUGCGGCUCCCAGAAGCCCUCUGACAGCCUUUCCCACCCCUCCUCCACAAACAAGCGAGGCUUGCUGGAGCUUCGCGGUUACAAAGGCAGAGUGGUGGUGUCCCUGGCGGGGAGUAAAGUCAGGCUCUGCAAAACAGAACAGGACUAUAAAAUGGGACUGGCUAUUGCUGAAGUGGAACUGACUGCUGCCAAUAUUAGAGACAUGGACCGCAGGGGCUUUGAAAUCAACACCCCCUUCAGGAACUUCUGCUUCACGGCCGAGUCAGAACGGGAGAAGGAGGAGUGGAUUGAAGCGGUUCAAGAAUCGAUCGCUGAGACACUCUCCGACUAUGAAGUGGCAGAGAAGAUCUGGUUUGACGAGGCCAACGGGAGCUGCGCCGACUGCCGCGCCCCGCAGCCGGAGUGGGCAUCUGUCAACCUCGGCGUGGUCAUCUGUAAGAAGUGUGCAGGACAGCACCGUUCCCUUGGAACGAGUAUUUCCAAAGUGCGGAGCUUGAAGUUGGACAGCAGUAUCUGGAGCAAUGAGCUAGUGGAGCUCUUCCUGGAGGUGGGGAACAAGAAUGCUAACAGUUUCUGGGCAGCUAAUCUUCCCUUGGAGGAGGACCUGUAUAGUGGGGCUUCGGCAGAGCAGCGCGCCACGUUCAUCCGCAGGAAGUACAGGGAGAAGAAGUACCGGAGGGUCCUGGAGGGUUUUCAUGACCCCGAUCAGCUCAACCAGGCGCUGUGUGCAGCUGUGGUGACGCCUGACGUGCUGCAGACCAUGAUGCUGGUCUUCAGUGGGGCAGAUGUUAUGUGUGCUACUGGAGAUCCAACCUACUCCACCCCCUAUCUCUUGGCUCAACGUGCUGGACAGAAGCUACAGAUGGAGUUCCUGCACCAGAACAAGCUAUCUGAUUUCCCCAGACUCGAGCAGUGGUCGGAGAGGCCCUCCCUUACUGAUAGUUCCCUCUUCAUGGAUGGCUUCCUCUACAUCUCCUCUGGCCCAGCUAAGUCGACGUUUGACCGCCGCAGAAGAGAUGACAUGGCACGACGUUGGUGUACCUUGGAGGGCGGGUUCCUGAGUUACUAUGAGAGCGAGCAAAGCCCGUCGGCCAUCGGCAGGGUGGACGUCACCAUGGUGGUUAGCCUGGCUGUCAGCAACACAGAGACAAUGACUGGAACUGGGGCUGUGUUUACCGUGGAGCUGUACCUGCAGACAGAGCGAGCACUGAUUGUUGGAGCUGAAACACAGGAAACGCAGCAUGACUGGAUCCAGGCUCUAACAAAGUGCUUCGUCCCGUCUAAAGUUGAGGGACUGGUGCAGAAAGACAGUGAGCUGAUUGGCAGACUCCACUACAAAGAGGGCCACGACCUGUACCACUGGAGGAUGGGCUGGUUUAUGCUGGAAGGCUCUGCCCUGCACUUCAGUUCAGGAGAGGAGGAGGGAGAGGAGGAAGUCCUUCAACUCAAACAGCUGCAUGAGCUCACUGUCUCCAAACAUACCGAGGGUGAGGACAAGAUCCAAGUCCUGCUGAUGGUGGAGGGCGGAAGAACAGUUUACAUCCAUGGCUUCAACAAGACGGACUUUGCACUGUGGCACUCUGCCAUCACACUGGCUGCUGGCACAGAUGGCAAGGCCCUCAGUGACCAGCAGCUGACUAAAAACGGAGUCCCUAUUAUAGUCGACAGUUGCAUCGCUUUUGUCACUCAGUAUGGUCUGUGCCAGGAGGGGGUCUACCAGAGGCCCGGGGACCCUGGUCGAGUUGCCCUACUCCUGCAGGACUUCAACCGCAAUGCCCGCGAUGUUAAGCUGAGGGAGAAGGAGCACCGGCUGGAGGACGUGACCGACACCCUGAAGAGCUUCUUAUCCCAAGCAGAGGAUGCGCUACUGACCAAGGAGCUCUAUCCAUACUGGGUGGCAGCUCUAGAUGAGAAGGACGAGAGGCAGAGAGUGAAGAGGUACACCACUUUCAUAGAGAGUUUGCCAAAGAUAAACAGGUCAACCCUCGAUGCCCUGCUGCAACACCUGUACAGGAUUCAGCAGUGUUCCCACCUCAACCACAUGCCGAGCGAGAAACUGGCCUCCGUUUUCUCCUCCUCCCUGUUCCAGACUCGGGGACAAACCCCACAGGAAAUUAGCGUGGUCCAUGACCUCAUCAACAACUACAUUACACUCUUCAGUGUCAAUGAAGACCAGGUGCAACAGAUGGAGAAAGAGAAUAGUUUCAUCACGCGCUGGAACGACAAGAAGGACACCACAUUCUCUCCAGCUGGGGACUUGAUCUUCGAGGUGUACCUGGAAAAGAGAGAACCGGAGAACUGCUGUUUAAUCAAGGUCUCCCCCAGCAUGCGGUCCAUGGAGCUUGCAGAAACUGCUCUGAGCAUGAGGAACAUCACCUCUAAAUCUGACUUCUGGACCACCUUUGAAGUCAUUGAGAAUGGAGAGCUAGAGCGACCGUUGCACCACAGUGAGAAGAUCCUUGAGCAGGUGUUGGAGUGGAGUGCCUUGGACUGCCCUAGAUCUGCUUUUCUUGUUAUAAAGAAGUUUGCAGGGGCCAAAAAUGUGGCUUAUGGGGAAGCAGACCAAAGUCAGUUUAUAAAAGGCGACUAUCUGAAGUUCAGCGAUGGAUCUUCCAAACUGCUGUCGGGGCACAAAUUCCAAGACAAAUAUGUUGUACUACGUGCAGAGAAGCUGUUGCUCUACAGAGAUAUCAAGAGCACUAAAGCAGAGAAAGCGGUCCAACUCAAGUCUGUGAAAUGUUACCUAGGCCUGAAGAAAAAGCUCAAACCUCCAAGCAGCUGGGGCUUCACAGUCUACGCUGAUAAACAGCAAUGGCAUUUGUGCUGCGAGAAGGAGGAGGCGCAGGUCAGCUGGGUGACGGACAUCAUCGGGAUGAAGUACGGUUCUGACGUCUGUCCAGAGACUGUCAACGCAAAAGAAGCUGCAGAUCACAAAUCCUCCAGAGGGGGAGCUGCGACUGAAGGCUGCGAGAUUCCACCACACAGCCAUAAUCCCAGCAAACAGGUUUGCCCACAGCUGACCAAAAGAAGGAUUUCUCUUGGUGGUGUCAACCAGGGAACAGCCAAAGAUGGUGGUCUUUUCCAGACCAACACCACAGCCAACUCCCCAAAGCACAACAACCUGCUCAAGGCCCCAGAGGUCCCACACAGAAGACCUUCUUUGGACGUAGGCCAACCUCCACAGCUCCCUUCCCCGUCCCUGUCCAGACACUCGCAGCCCAUGGCUUUGCCUGAUCCUCCUAGGAGGGGCAGCAAAACCACCAGCAAGGGACCCGCUCUGAGCAGGGAGGGUAUGAUGCCGCCUAAUCUGCUGAAUGAAUUGAAUUUGGUGCUAAGCAAGAAUGGUCGGAGUGCCAAGAACGAUGACUGGCAGGAAGAGAAGUGAGCAGGAGAAAGAAAGGUACUUAGAACGGUCAGUUCGAACUGUAAGAAAAACAUUACAGGGCUGAGUAGUGAGAGAAAAGUGUGGAGACUGACAAAGAGAGACCACACAGUGCAUAUGGAGACUAAGUUACUUUCAUGAAGGGGGGUCAUAGCCUGAAGACUGCUUUUCAACUAGGAUAUAUAAAGCAAUGCCGAUACACAAAGGGAUGUGGAAAACAGGUGCAGGAGACAUGGAGGUCAUGCAGACCUCGGCUGGACAUGGCACUGACCCAAGCACUACAAAAUGUGAUGUAUAUUCCGCUCUUCUAAAGUCUGAAAUCGAACAAAAAUACGUUCCAAUGUCAAACCUCAGAAAGUUCCAGAAAGACUCCAAACUUCUUGCUUCAUGCUUUCACUUUUCCAAUUACUAUGAAAAGGCUGUUUUGUGUACGUCUGAAAAGUAUUGUGAUACUUAAACAUUUACCUUUUUCUUAGUAGCACUUUUGCUGCUAAAAUACUCAGGCAUGUGCAAAAAUGCAAAGAAAAUGAUGCAUACGUGCAUAUCCAGUUCAAAAGAGAAGAGCACGUUUAGGGUCCUCUAGACAUUAACAGUGGCUAAUAGCCUGUUUUCAUAGACAAGGGAUGGUGGGCAAUCUCAUAUGUAAUUAUUUGUAAUUAUUUACUUUUUUGUAGCCGUGAACAUUGUGACCUUUUACUGUACAGUUACUAGCAGUGUUUUUUAGCAUAUCAUCCUGUGGCCCGACACUUCAAACACUGCACUGGCUGCCACCAAAUGUAAUUUUAAUGUAAAGUAUGAAUAUAUAAAUAAACAUUGCAAAAUGCUUUAACAUGCUUUUUUACUGAACUGUUUAAUCUUUAAUGAUACGAUAAUUCCGUUUGCCUAAUAUUUUAGUGUAAGUUGUGCCUUCAUGUUCAGUGUUUUCUUCCAAUAACAAAAUGAUUUAUGCUAAACAUUAGCCAAAUAUAGCUUGGUCAUCUUUUCGCUAGCUGGUUUUUGUAUGCCUAUUGCUAAAAACACACCUCACAAUAUAAAAUACGGCUGCCUUGGAAGAGC